GCGAACAGGAUGGGGCCUAAAAUAGAUCCUUGGGGGACACCACAGUAAAGCGGGGCAGAAGAGGAGGUGGCGUCCCCCAGCCUGACAGAGAAGGACCUCUCAGACAGACCUCAAUGAAGCACAUCGUCCUCGUGAGCAGGAGGAUGAACCACAGUCCUCCAACAUACAUGAGGAAGAAGAGGUACCACAUUCCCAACAUAUCAAAGAGGGAGGAGAGGAGCCACAAUCCCCCCCCCCCCCCCCACAUUAAAGAGGAAGACGAGACGCCACAGACCCAUAAUGUUAAACUGACCCUUCACAUUAAAGGGCAAGCGGAGGACCCACUGAUCUCACACAUCAAAAAUGAAGAGGAGGACCCACUGACCCCUCACUUUAAGGAGCAAGAGAACCUGCUGACCCCUCACAUUAAAAAGGAAGAGAUGGACCCACAGACCCCCUACUUUAAAGAGGAAGAGGAGGACCAAGAGGCGCCGCACAUUAAAGAGGAAGAGGAGGAAGAGGGCAUCAGUCAGCCUAAAUGGUUGGAGGAGUUCCCAGUGACUGGUGUCCCUGUGAAGAGUGAAGAUGAUGAGGUGAAAGGUGAAAGUGAGGAGAGGGGAGGGGGGGAGCCUCCAAGCAGCAGCUCAACACAACACAUGACAACAGAAGCUGAUGGAGACCACUGUGGAGGAUCACAAGCAGACAAGCUCUUAGCUCCACUAUCAGAUAGUGAGGACACAACGUCACACUCUCCUGACACUGAUGAUGAAGACUCUAAAGAUGAUAAGACAUGUCACACUGACAACACUCACUUCACAUCUUCUCUCUGUCACAAAACCUUUAAAUACCAUAGUUAUCUGAAAGUACACGUGAGAACACACACUGGAGAAAAACCUUUUUCCUGUUCAAUCUGCGGUAAAGGUUUUACAGAAAGUCAACAUUUGAAAAGACACAUGCGAACACACACUGGAGAAAAACCUUUUUCCUGUUCAACCUGUGGUAAAGGUUUUACACAAAGUACAGAUGUGAAAGUACACAUGAGAACACACACUGGUGAAAAACCUUAUGUCUGUUCAAUCCGUGGUAAAGGUUUUACACAAAGUCCAUAUUUAAAAGUACACAUCAGCAUACACACAGCUGAAAAACCUUAUGUCUGUUCAAUCUGCGGUAAAGGUUUUACACAAAGUCAAUAUUUGAAAGUACACAUGAGCACACACACUGGUGAAAAAACUUUUUCCUGUUCAAUAUGUGGUAAAGGUUUUACACAAAGUCAGGAUGUGAAAGUACACAAGAGAACACACACUGGUGAAAAAACAUUUUCCUGUUCAAUCUGUGGUAAAGGUUUUACACAAAGUCAAUAUUUGAACCUACACAUGAGAAGACACACUGGUGAAAAACGUUUUUUCUGUUCAACCUGUGGUAAAGGUUUUACAAAACGUCAAGAUGUGAAAGUACACACUGGUGAAAAACCUGUUUCUUGUUCAAUCUGUGGUAAAGGUUUUACACAAAGUCUAUAUUUGAAAGUGCACAUGAGAACACACACUGGAGAAAAAUCACAUUCAUGUUCAAUCUGCAACAGAAGCUUUUGUCAACGAUCAAAGCUUGUAGCACACAUGAGAAGACACCCAGGAGAGAAAGUGUUGAGUUGCAGUGUGUGUGGUGAAAGAUUGUCUUCUAAGUAGCAGUGUAAGAAACACAAGUGUGCUGGUGAGAACAGCAGCAGCAAAUGAAACUGCAGGAUUUGAAAUAAACUGUCCAGACUUUCAUUUUGACUUUCUAACAACAUCAGCACAUAUAACAUGUGUGACAUUGUUGUUUGUCUAACAAUCUGUUUAAUAUGAUCUUUACAUUUAUUGCUGAGAUAUUUUAUGACAGUGCUUUUUUCAGUCAAAUACAUGCAUAAAUAUGCAACAUUGUGUACUUUUAUUAAAACAUGGACAGAACAAUUUGAGUAAAAAGGUGGGAAUAAACAGUACGGGACAUAUUUUACAUGCAAUAAUCAUUUAAUGGGUGUAUAUAUAUAAAUAUAUGUAUAUGUGUGUACGUAUAUAUGUGUGUAUGUAUAUGCAUAUAUAUUCAGCAUACAAUUUUAGACUUAUUCAUAUGAAAUAUUGAAGUAUUACAUAUUUGUAUUUGUAAUUGUUAAUAAUCCCAUAGAUUAUCACCUUUAUAUGAUAUACAUAUGUACUGGUUCACAUCUGAAACAUCUUCUGGACCACUUCAGGAAGCAUAUUAUUAUUUACUUUAUACAUCAUUUAAACAGUUGUCUUUUAUACAAUUGUAAAAUGUGUGACUUUUUCAAUCAUCUCUUGGGUCUCUAUAAUCUAUUUUAUUCAUUAUCCUUAUUACGAUUGUGUAUUAUGAUUGUGUUGUGAUUGUUUUAUAUGUAUGUCCCCAGACCUUUAUGCAAUAUAAAAGUGAGAGAAAAUGUCUGAAUUGUUUGUGGAAGGAUGGCUUUGUUUUUACUUACAUUUGUGGAUACAUCAAAUAAAUCCAGUAUUGUGUUUUAAAUAUUUUUAUGUUUUUUUUUGUUUUUUUAACAUCCCCAAAACAACAUCAAUAUCAGUCAAAGUUUGGAGUGUCAGACAAAAGCCAAUAUUGUACAUCAUCCCACAGAGAUUUACUUUGCAUACAUUCUUAAAAUAAACUGUUUAUUUUGUUUCCCUAUCACAAAAACAAACAAGUGUUGUCGUCAAUUGCAAAACAACAUCCUAAAAAAUAUUUUA